GCCGAGUUCUACUAUUAUAUCUAUUUUAUUUUAUCUACCUCUUUCCAGCUGUUGCUAUUAUAUCACAAUGCCGCCUAUGCCGCCAAGCGCUACCAAGAAGCCCCGAGGCGCCGCUGCAAAGCGUAAAGCGAUACGCGACGCGAAGAAGGCAAAGGACACACCAAAAUACCCCGAAUUAUCGCGGUACGAGGACACUUAUAUCGACUUCUUCUUAAGGCGUUUGAUCGAUUCCAAGGCCAAACAGACACAUAGAAAGAACUUCCGUAGCAGUGAUCUACUGGCGAUCGCGUUACAGAACGAUAUCAAGCCGACUUGGGGUAUUUGGCUACGACACCUAUCACAUGCUUCUGGUUACAAUAGCCCUCCAGAUAGAGCACCAACCGCUGUCGCUGCCGCUAGGGAAGCGCACGAGGCAGCGUACCCCGAGUGCUAUCGGUUUAUGGACGAUACUAUAGUUAUCGACGAUUCGAGUACGGAUUCGGACAACGACGACGACGUUGACCUAGACGAGCUGUCAGAUAUUGAGCGUAGUGCGAUCGUCGCACGGCGAGCUAAGAAGGCACAUAUACGGGCUAAGAAGAGAGCAGAAGCGGACGCUGCGAAGAAACGAGUACACCGCGAGAUUCGUGCUACGCUACCGCUGCCGCAGCAGAAGAGCGAUAUGGAGCUCCUAUCGGAUAGAGUAUUAGACGCGACCUUCUUACCUAUGCUUACGUUCGACCGGAAGAUAGAGGUGUUGGAUUGGGUUGGGCCCGAAGCAUAUCGUGUUAGUAUUGGUAUGUCGCUGCUAGCCGUAGGAAGAGAGAAGGAACUGGAAAACUUCGUUCAAGGUGCGCUCUCGAGACUCGACCGGCCGGCGCAGAUACCAGAGCGUUUCGUCCACGACUCUAGGACGCAGCCGUCGUCGUAUAGGUAUCCGCAUACACCAUACAAUUAAGAUCUACUUCCAGAGGGGCGUCGGUGGUAAUGUAGAAGCAGAAGAAGAGAUAAUAAUUCGAAGCGGAAGAAGAGAUAAUAAUAUAUAAUACAG